AUGUUGAUUUCUUUUGCGCAAUUGCUGGUUAUAACGGUUAACCUCUCAUAUUUUGUCUUUUGCAACCAACCCUGUCUUAAACUUUUCUGACAUGGACGAUAUCCUGAGACGAUGUCAUACGUUUGUCAUUUGCGCUUAUUCUCUGUUGAAUUCUUUGAGCUUCCAUAUACCCCAUUCUCCUGCAACAACUUGUUGCCACUUCAUGUAUGAUUUUUCGUUCCUUUGCUUCCCUUCAUCUCUACAUACGAUUUUUCUCUUCUGUGCCCCUGUUCCCACCAUGUACACACAUUUCGUGGACGAAGUGAUGUCGAUUAUUGGUGCGGCAGCGGGGUCCUUAUUUGUGGCUACCUAUUCACCAUCGUGCAGGUUGAACGAUGGCAAAUUUUACGAUCUGGAAGUAUAGAUUAUUCUGAUACCGUGUUUUCAUAGACGUUCUGAAUUGUUGAAAAUGACACUGAAAUGUAGCUGCUUUACGCAUUCUGUAUGGAAUGACAACGACAUACGAUGACCGUACCCGGAACACAUGGAUGCGAUGCAUCUUAACUGGAGCUAGGGCAUAGGUAGAAUAUACA